UAAGAUAUUUUUGAAAACGAAAUUUUUGAAAAUUGUUAUGAAAAAAAAUUCCAAAAAAAUAAAUUUGCUUUUUUCGUUUAAUCUCAUUAAUAUCAAAUGAAUUGGCUUCUGAACAAAUAAAAAAAAAUAUUGCAAAAACAAAUAACAUGACUUCUUCAUAAAAUGACUUAACUCAAAACAAUAUCUGUCCAUUAAAAAAUAUAUGUAUGUUAUGUGGAAAAAGUGUUCAGAUUACAAUACAUAAAACCAAAAGCUUGUAACAACAACAAGGGAAAGCCGGUUGAUUAAAAAUAAACGACUGAAAAAAACCUUCAACACAAUUUUUACUCAAAACCUGCCUUCGAAAAGUGAAAAACUCGGAAAAGCACAGCGGCACACAUAUCAAUGACCUGGAUCUCGUCAGCAGCUGGUCAAGUGCUGUCGCAUGUUGAUUAUAAACGGAAACGAUAAUCACAAAAGAAAAGGCAUUAACUAAGACCUGAGCAGUAAACAACUUGCCACCAGAAACAAAGGCCCAUAAAAUAAACGAAAACAUAUAAAGAACAAAAAAGCGAAAACGACGACCUGCCCUAAACGUAUUAAAAAAGGCAGAAAAAGUAAAACAAAAAAAUUGCUGUGGUCGAUUACAUGAAAAGCAGUAACCGGCAGCGUUAAACAAAACGCCAGUGGUGGCAAUAAUUUUCGGCAAAUAAGGACACAUAUAUAAUUGCAACACACACACGCGAGUAUAUUGUCAACAUCGCGCGUCACCGGGGAAAUCUAAAAGCAUAGAGGAGAGGUGCCAAAAUGUCGUCGUGGCGGUGUUGCGGCAGUGCCGCCAACAGGGCAGCCAUAAAACUGCUCAUUAUCGCGCUCGCCUAUCUGCCACAUGCCAUCGAUGCGAAUGAAUCACUCGACACACGUGAAGGUGUUGAUUUGGUGUUGAAAUGCCGCUUCACCGAGCACUACGAUGCCAAGGAUUUCAGCUUUUACUGGGCGCGCUGGAAUUGCUGUCCGACGCAAUUUGAGAAUGUGGCCAUCGGCGAUGUGCAGCUGAACAUGAAUUACAGAGUGGAUUUUCGUCCAGGUCGUGGGAUUUAUGACUUGCAAAUAAAAAACACCUCAUACAAUCGCGAUAAUGGCCGCUUCGAGUGUCGGAUCAAGGCCAAAGGCACCGGUGCCGAUGUACAUCAGGAAUUUUACAAUUUGACAGUUUUGACACCGCCACAUCCGCCAAUGAUAACGCCGGGCAACAUAGCCAUUGCCACCGAGGAUAAACCGUUAGAAUUGACUUGCAGCAGUGUGGGUGGCUCACCGGAUCCGACGAUAACUUGGUUUCGCGAGGGCAGCAGCGUACCGUUACAAUCGUACAUACUGAAAGGCGGCUCCAAAAAUCAUUACACCAAUGCAACAUUACAAAUACUGCCAAGACGCGCUGACGAUGGCGCCAAAUAUAAAUGCGUCGUUUGGAAUCGUGCCAUCUCCGAGGGUCAUAAGCUGGAGACAACUGUCACGCUGAAUGUGAACUUUUAUCCACGCGUCGAGGUGGGACCACAAAAUCCGUUGCGCAUCGAACGUGAUCACAUCGCCAAAUUGGAAUGCAAUGUCGAUGCAAAACCCAAAGUCUCCAAUGUACGUUGGUCACGCAACGGGCAAUAUGUUAGUGCCACGCCUACGCACACUAUCUAUCGCGUGGGGCGCCAUCAUGCGGGCAAAUAUACUUGCAACGCGGACAAUGGGCUGGGCAAAUCAGGCGAGAAGGACAUAAUACUUGAUGUGCUCUUCCCACCCAUAGUCGUCAUCGAAUCGAAGACACACGAAGCCGAGGAGGGCGAAACAGUUAUGGUGCGUUGUAAUGUCACCGCCAACCCGCCACCCAUUACCAUCGAAUGGUUGAAGGAGGGAGCGCCGGAUUUUCGCUUCACUGGCGAACUGCUCACUUUGGUAACUGUGCGCGCCGAACACGCCGGCAACUACAUUUGCCGUGCUGUCAAUCUGAUGAACCCCUACAACUCGAAACGUGUAGAAGGUGUUGGCAACUCCACGGUGGCGCUGUUGGUGCGACACCGACCCGGGCAAGCCUACAUAACACCGAAUAAACCGAUUGUGCAUGUGGGCAAUGGUGUUACGCUCAGUUGCUCGGCUAAUCCGCCCGGUUGGCCAGUGCCACAGUAUCGCUGGUUUCGUGAUGUGGAUGGUGAGUUUAGUAAUACACAAAAGAUUUUGGCGCAAGGACCACAAUACUCCAUACCGAAGGCGCAUCUCGGUAGCGAAGGCAAGUAUCAUUGUCAUGCCGUUAAUGAGUUGGGUAUUGGUAAGAUGGCUACGAUUAUACUCGAAGUGCACCAGCCACCACAAUUUCUGGCCAAACUACAACAACACAUGACACGACGUGUGGGCGAUGUCGAUUAUGCGGUCACUUGCAGCGCCAAGGGUAAACCUACGCCCAUUAUACGUUGGAUCAAGGACGGUACCGAGGUACUGCCAGGUCGUAAGAUGUAUGAUAUACGCACAACGCCUACCGAGGGUCAAGGUGGCGUCGUAACAGUGCAAAGCAUACUGAAGUUCCGCGGCAAAGGGCGGCCGAAUGGCAAUCAGUUGGUGCCUGGUGAUCGUGGACUCUACACUUGUCUCUACGAGAAUGAGGUGAACUCGGCCAACUCGAGCAUGCAUUUACGCAUCGAGCACGAGCCGAUUGUUUUGCAUCAGUAUAAUAAGGUGGCUUACGAUGUGCGCGAGUCGGCGGAGGUUAUGUGCAAGGUGCAAGCAUAUCCAAAGCCAGAAUUCCAAUGGCAAUUUGCAAAUAAUCCUUCGCCGCUUACAAUGUCUUCGGAUGGUCAUUAUGAAAUUGCAAUACGCACGGAUAAUAAUGAUGUCUAUACCUCGAUAUUGCGCAUAAACCAUAUCUCGCAUUCCGAUUAUGGCGACUACACUUGUCGUGCUGUCAAUCCACUCGACACAAUACGCACGCAGAUUAGACUGCAACCCAAGGGUGCACCGGAGCGGCCCACCGCGCUCAAAGUAAUGGAAAUAUCGCACAAUUAUGCCAUACUCAGCUGGAUACCGGGCUUCAAUGGCGGCUUGUUGAGCACAAAAUUCCUUGUCACUUAUCGUCGCGUGGCAACACCGCGCGAACAAACGCUUUCCGACUGCGCCACACACACCUACACCACUUCCAUUGUGAGCAGUAGCAGCAGCAGUAGCGCUGCUGCGAGCUUUACCUCUGGCAGUAGCGCUGGCUCAGCAGAUUGGUUAGAGUUCGAUUGCUAUCGUGAGAAUCCCUGUAAAGUAAUGCCGUUGGAUCAGUAUCAAAGUUAUAUGUUUCGUGUGUAUGCGCUGAAUUCGAAAGGCAGUUCGGGCUACUCCAACGAAGUGUUGGCCACCACAAAAGUCAGUAAAAUUCCGCCACCCCUGCAUGUCACCUAUGAUCCCAACUCGCAUGUUCUGGGUAUCAAUGUGGCGGCGACAUGUCUGUCAUUAAUUGCAAUAGUCGAAUCAUUGGUGAAUCGCGAAACGCCAAUGGCCACAUGGGAGAUUGUGGAUACAGUGACAUUACUCCCAUCCGGCAGUGAGGCCACAUUCAAAGAGGCAGUAAUUAAUCACAUUCCACAAACGACACAUUACAGCGCAUCGGGCCGUACACUGGGCCAUGCUGAGGACAUAACGUUGGCGCUGGCGGAGACGGCGCAGGGACCGACGGUGCGUGUGAAAUUGUGCCUACGCACCAAUCACGACCAUUGCGGACAGUAUGCGAAUGCGGAAAUUGGCAAAUCAUAUAUGCCUGAGACAUCAACGCUAACGACAUCCGCUGUAAUAGCCAUAAUCGUCUCGUCCAUUGCAUUCCUACUGCUCGUCGGACUCUUAUUGCUCUUUUGUCACUGCCGACGCGUGGCAUCCAACAAGAAGAAGACCAACACCAGCUCACCGGCCAAAGAAUACGACCUCGACUCGGGUCGUCCAUCUAUAGUGGCGCAAACAAAUCAAGCGCCACCACCCUAUUAUCCAACCGGUAGUCUGGAUAGCAGCAAAUCACGAGAUUCGCAUGCGAUGGAGCUAACACUCACAGCUGUGCAGGAUAACGAGGAACAACUGCAUCAGCAGCAGCAACAGCAACACCAGAAAUCCGCCGCCACUGUAGCGGGCAUGACAGUCUAUGGCUCGCAGAAUGGUUAUGGCUAUCAUGUCACAUCGACGCUUGGCAGUGGUGGUGGAGGCGGCGGCAGCAGUGUUGGCAGUGAUGCGGAUAGCUACCAAGUGACGCCAUUAGCGCACUCGGCCAUGGCGGGGCGCAACGAGUGGUCCACAGGCCUGCACUAUCCGUCAGCCGAAAAUAAUUACUCCACCAAGUCGAACAGCAUCUGCAGCAGUCUAGCCAGCGCGCAGGAUACAUUGUGGCGUGUGAAAAUGGCUGCCGCACAACAGCACUCCUCCGCCGCGGUGGCAGCGGCGGCGGCGGCGGCAGCAGCUGGCGCACAAAUCUACAUCGAACAGCCGCCCGGUUCGAUAGCGUAUGGCACUUGUCUGGAUCCGCUGACGCAAUGCGUCGUGGACUAUGUCGGAUAUCCGGUGCCACCGCCACCGCAUAUAACGCAAGCAUCCGCCGUCGCCGCCGCAACGGUGGCAACGUCGACGGCUGGCACUUGUGGCAAUGGCAUUCCGCACGAUUUUUCAAGCUCCGGCAGCAGUCAAAGUCCUUGCGCGCCCACCAACAGCGGGUUGAGUGUCGUCAGCCAAGCCGCCGCUAUAGGCGAGAGCGGUCAGCGGCAGGAGUAUGUGGCGGAGCUGCAACAGUUGCACGAGCAGCAACUACAGCACCAACAGUAUCAGCAUCAGUUGCAGCAACAACAUCAGCAACAGCUGCAAUCACCGCCACAGCCGCCACAACGUUUUGGCACAUUGAAAAAGUCGCGUCAGCAACAACAGCAGCAACAGCAGCGCAUGGAGCAGCAGUUAGCGGACAUCAUACAGGAUUUAGCUAAUUAAUUAAAUCAAAUAAGGAGUAAAAUAACAACAACAACAAACAAAGCAACUGAUAUUAAAUUUUUUAUAUAUGUGGUAAGCUUAGGAGUAGUUAUAGCAAAAUACCAAAAAAAUAAAAUAAAAUCGAAAAAACAAAGAAAAAAUUAAAAUUAAUUAGAACUCCACAAAUUUGUGAAUACACACACAUACAAACAUAUAUAUAUAGACAUAUACAUAUGUACAUAUUUGUACACGCACAUUACGCUCUUCACAUCCGGCACUGUUGUAUUUAAAAAUAAAUAUAUAUAUAUAUUUACCACUUAUUAUAUUGUAUGUACGUAAGCUAAGUACAUAGUGAUACGCAUAGUAAAUAAGUGAAAAAUAAAAUGGAAAACAAAAACAAAAUUAGUAAAUAAGGCAAUAGGACACUGAUUAGCUGACUAAAUAUGGUACAUAAAGGAAAUUAAGGAAUUUUAUUGACUGUUUGAAGCUAUGAAAUAACCGAAAAACCAAAAAGCCGAACAAACCGCAUGCCACAACAAAAGCAAAAACAAUUAACCAAAUAUGCAUGUUUCAUUUGUGUUUGUUGUAGUUUUGGAGCAAAAUUGUUGAGGCGGAAAAGUCAUUUAGUGGUUUUGUGUGUGAUUUUUGCCGAAAUUCGCACUCGAACAAAGCAUUUAAAUUGCGCAUUAACGCAAUGAUGCCAAUAGCAAUAACAACAGCAACAACAAAAAAAUGUUAAACACAAAAAUGCCGGAAAAAUUGUGCAAACAAACUUAGCAUUUCACACUAAUUUCUAUUGUGGCACGCACAAACACAAACGAACGCUCAGAAAAGCACGCACACACACACGCACGAAAAAUCGAAUUGUGUGUAGUAGUAUGUGUGUAUGAUGAAUAUGUAUGCAAACAAUGCGGGAAUGUUUUGAAAUGUAUUGUUUUUUUUUUUUUGGUUUUUGAAAUAUUUAACUUUUACGCGCCGCAAAGUAUGCAACACAAUGCAAUGCUUGCUCAACACUUUGCAGCAAAUUCAAUCACUCGUGUGCCGAUUAAUGUUUAAUACGUUUAGCAAGCCGCCAAAAAUGUCCUGCAGAAAAAUUAUUGUUUUUGAUAAUUUUACGAAGGUUGAUGCGAGGGCUGAGAGACGAAAGUGCGAUGCAAUGCGGAAAUAUGCGCUCAAGUACCGAGACUACUCUAAAGAAAUAUUGAAAACGACAAGAACAGUCUGCUUCCUUAAUUUAUUCAACUAAAUAGUUAAAAACUAAAAAUUUCUAAUUGUCUUAAUUAUAACAUGACCGUGGUUUGUACUAAAAGAAGUAAGUUCAGACAAAUUCUCGAUAUCUGAACAAGUUUCAGCGAUAUGAUAUGAAUUUUAGUAGCUUGAGCCUAUGAUACACGCAUGUACUGUAAAAUUAAACUGCUUCAUAUAUGCUAGCAAUGCAACUCCAUGUCUGUUUUCAUGUAUUUUGCCAUUCAGCACCAAUUAAGCUCAAUAUAAUGUUAGCUGAAUAAUCUGCUGAAUACCAAAAGUACUUGAAAUUUUUUUAGGUGGUUUACUAUUUGGUGCUUUUGGAUUUCGGUACUUAUUCAGCUCAAUAUUACGUCAGCUGAAUAAUGCGCUGAAUGUGAAUACUACUUGGAAUGUUGCUUAGGUGGUUCACUAUUUGGUGUCUUUGGAUUUCAGUGUUUAUUCAGCUCCAUAUAAUGAAGAUAGUGGUAGCUGAAUAAGGUGCUUCACUAUAUAGUUCUUUUGGAAUUCAACGCUUACUCAGCUCAUUAUAAUGUUGGCUGAAUAAUGUGCUGACUACCAAAACAAUUUGAAUUAUUGUUUAGUUGGCUCACUAUUUUGUGCUUUUGGAUUUCAAUGUUUAUUCAGCUAAAUGUAAUGAAGAUAAUGAUAGCUGAAUAAUGCGCUUAAUACUAAUACUCUUGAAAAGACUGAUGAAGUGUUUCACUAUUUAAUUCUUUCGAAUUUCAGCGCUUAUUCAGCUCAAUAUAAUGUUAGCUGAGUAAUAUGCUGAAUACAAAAGCUACUUGAAAUGUCGUUUAGGUGGCUCACUGUUUUGUGCUUUUCGAUUUUAGUGCUUAUUCAGCUCCAUAUAGUGAAGAUAAUAGUAGCUGAAUAGUGCCCUGAAUACCAAAACUCUUGAAAAGCUUUGUAAGGUGUUUCACUAUUAGGUUCUUUUGAAUUUCAGCGCUUAUUCAGCCCAAGAUAAUGGCAGCUGAAUACAGCGUUUGAAGCCAAAGCUUAUAAAAAUGAUAGCAAAGAGUUGAACUCUACGGAAUAUUAAUUUAAAGUCACCUUAUGAAAUCGACACUACAUUUAGAAAUGAGAAUUGUAAUUCCUUUUCCUUAAAAAACUCGAAGUAAUCAUCUGAUAAGACUUUAGUUCAUAAAAAACGAUUAGCUCAGUCAAUAUUUUCAAACUAGUUUUGAAAACUAAAGUUUUCUCAACCUCUAAAUACAAAUAAGUCUGGUUAGAAAGGAAAAGAAAUAAGUCUGCCUAGAAAGGAACGGACAAGCAAUCUGCAAACUGCUUACAGGUUGAUGAUCUGGAAAGUCUAUUAUACCUGAAAAGCUUUAGAAAUUACACAAACGCUAACGACUAAUGGGUUCUUGGAAUCUAAAAUUAAUUUGUUUCACAAUAAUCUCUUCAUCCCACAACGCUAGUUUCAUGGUAGCUCAACAUGGUCUUUAUUUCUUUGUUUUGCUUUAUGAAAUUUAACUCCUUUUAAUCAAAACUUAUCGAGACCGGCUUCGAAAGUAAACGCUGUUUAGGGAACUUCAAAAUACUAAGCUCAACCUAGGAGGUUACCUACUUCGAUUCCUUCAAGUUCAAGUAAAACUUAAGAGCAAGAAACAAGGACAAAUGAGCAUAAGGAGAUCCAAGAUAAGUGAGUGAUCUAGAAAAACAAUUUCGGCUCGAUCGUUCAUCGAGUGCAAGCUUCCAAUACGAGUACAAUCGACAGGAGGUUCUUUCGUAUAUAGAAAUAGCGAAACCGGAUAUAUUCUUGCGAAACCUGUAGACGUACAGGAAUCAGGGAUACGCAAUAAGGAAAUAAGUCGAGUAAAUAAAGCAAGAAAAGGGAGCAGUAACAUCAAUACAAAUACCAAAUUGUGGGUUCCUCGGGCAUUCAAUAUAAUCACUCGAGUAGUAUGAGUUAAGCGAAUGUAGAGAUCCUCAUUAAAAUAAUUUUGGAUGCAUAUCAAAUUUGAAGAAAACUGUACCAUAAGAUGCUUAGAAACCCAGGCAGCUAAAUCCUCCCUUUUCUAUAUCUUUUUCUACUUAAGUACUAAUUCCAACACUGACGUUCUUAUUGGGAUAGUUAGGUAUCAAGAAGAAUAGUACAUAUAUUCUGUGUACUCAUUGAGCAAAUUUACAACAACAACACAGCACUGAAAGCUUGAAAGCUAAUAUGCAAAUUAUAAUUGUUCUGUAUGGCUACAAUAACAGUUUUUGCAAUAAAUAAAGCAACAACAAUAACAAUUUAGAAAUACGCAGUAAAUUGUGCGGUAUUAGUAAAAUUCACGCGUGAUUAGUUCGGAAUUUGCCGAAAUGAUUUAUGUUUCAGCGCUUAGCAGGCGAAAUACCACGCUAUUGUUGCUGUUACACUAAAAAUAUUUGCUUUUGCGGAUAAUUUAACAAGCAUAACACACAUGUUAGUAUGUGUAUAAUGAGCUGGAUUAAUUGCCGAGCGAAAAAUGCCAGAAAAAUGUAUGACAUUUCCAGCUGUUAAAAAACUGUUGAAAAAACUAAAUUUUUUGCACUACUGUACUUUUGUAAAAGUUUAAAUUUUUGCAAAACCGUUUAAUGCAACUUUAUCCGAAAGCACAACUGAAUUGAGUUAAUUUUGAAUUUAAAACCGUAGACAUACAAAUUUUCUUCAAAAUUAGAUAAUAUAUGGAAUUAGGCAAAAAUUAUUAUUAUUUUAUCAAAGACGAGUAGUCCAGUGAUGAGAAAAGACAGCCUACAGAAAUGUAGAAUAUUGAAAGAAUUUCACACAAUUAUCAUUAAUAAACACCGGAAACACGUUUGAAACUUAAAAAAAAGUAGUGAGUUUAUCUAAACUUAGUUAGAAAAAUAAAUCAAACUAUAAAAUUUAAAUGUGGUGAGUUCAGUUGAGGUGAGUUUAAGUGUGGUGAGUUGGGGUGAGUUUAAGUGUGGUGAGUUUGAGUGUGGUGAGUUUUUUGUGCGGAGAGUUCAAGUAUUUACAGUUCAGCGGUUGUGUGUUCGACAUCUUCAUUAUAAAUUUAAUGAAUUUAUGUGUGGUGAGUUUAGGUUUUAUUAGAUCAAUUGAGUGUAAUGAGUUAAAACGUGGGGAAUUAUCCCUCACCUGAUUAUUGAUAUGAACUGGAGUUUGAGAUAAUUCUUAGUUUUUUGAUAAAUUAUGUCAUAAUAUCAAAACUACAAGUUUUUAUGACAAGAAAAAGUCUUUAUAUAAAAUAAAAGUAUAAUGAAGAAGAUAUUCAUAUUAUUUGGAUUUGGGAGCAAUAUUUGCUGUUUUUUUCCGGAUGAACAACCUGCACCAACAAUCUACCGCGACAACAUUGUUGUCCCUCCACUCGACCAUGCAAAGGUGAAAAAAGCUCUAAGUUGGUUUAAGUACAACAAAAAUCCAGAGGCCGAUGGAUUACCGACUAAACUGUCUAAAGUCGGCGG